CGGUGCGACGGACGUGGGUGAGGGUCCGGGCGGCCCACGUGCUCCACGCCCGCGGGCGGGGUGGCUGCUGGAGGGCCCCGCGCCGUCCCGCCUCCGACACUGCGGGCCUUUCGCUCUGCGGGCCUGUCCGCAAAGAAGCACGGGUCGCGCGGGCGUCUUGCAGAGUCCGUGGGCGACUGGCAGGGCGGUGGUCGAGCCUUGGCCGAGGCCGGUGGAGGCGGAAGGUGGAGUCCCGCGGAUCCGGCCUCGCGGCAGCCUCGUCACCUUCCCGCCAGGUCUCGGCGUGCUCCAGGGGGCUCUCAGCUUCUUCCUGCACAACCACCCCUCUCUAGGACCUUUUUAUUCCGCCCCUCGAAGACCUAGUGGCAAAACGGCUGUGCCGUGGGUGGGGUAGGCUGUUUACCUUUUCAGAAUUCCGGCUGCUGCUCGAGGCCUGUAUUUCUCUGCAAGGGACCCAGAAUCCAGCACUGGCAGCCACAGGUCUCCUGGCCAGGCCGAGAUGGGCACCCACCUGGCAGUGGUCACUGCUGACUAGGUCACCCUCGCUGUGCUCACGGCCUGGGGUUUCUGCCCUCAAGUCAGUUUUGUUUGUUUGUUUUGGGGUUCUUUUGGACGUGGUGACCAGCAGCUUGAGGUGGGGAUCUCAGUUCCCAGACCAGGGGUUAAGCAUGGGCCACAGUGCUAACCACUAGGGCACUAGGGCACUCCCCCUCAAGCCACUUUUUGAGCCAAACGCUCACCUAGGAACCCCGCUUUUCAUUCUGACCUCCCUGGGGAGAGGCCAAGUUGUUGGGUGGGGGCAGCCUCUUUGUCCUCCUGGUUCUUGUCCUUCCUGCUUCCUCUUGAUGCCUGUGAUCCAGCCCCCCCCCCCCCCCCCCCCCCGCCCCGGCUCAUUAGCCCUCUUCCUUCCUGCCUCAUGCCCUUUGCAUGUGCCGUUCCUGCUGCCCUAAGUGGCCUUUUCAUCUCCAUUAUCUUGGCUGCAUUAGUGCCAAGGGAGGUGACCCAUCAGACGAAGUUGGAGUUUCCAAGUUUAAAUGCUUUCAGGGCUCCUUGUACUUCAGUGCUGUUAUCACAGGUGUAACUUGGUGUUUGGUGCAGUGGUCAUUUAAGUCUUUCCUCCACUAGACUGUUUCGUGAGGGCAGAGUCCUUCUUCACUGCUUAGUUGAGCACCUGGUACCCGUGCCCCCCCCUUUCGUGUUUCAGAGUGAUUUGCACUCUGCGCAAACUCUGAAAGGUGAAUGAAGCUUCGAGGGGCAGAUAAUCAAGUGCCAUGGCUGCUUUGGCCCUGCCUCACAUCCCUGCCAGAGAACACCUGGGGUUGGAGGUCUCUCGUCCAGGACACGUGGAAGCCCGCCCACCGAGCCUCAUGGAGGCUGUGACAUUUGGCGAUGUGGCCGUGCACUUCUCGCGGGAGGAGUGGCAGUGCCUGGACCCUGGCCAGAGGGCCCUCUACAAGGAGGUGAUGCUUGAGAACCACAGCAGUGUGGCCGGACUAGCAGGAUUCCUGGUCUUCAAGCCUGAGCUCAUCUCCCGGCUGGAACAAGGGCAGGAGCCAUGGGUCCUCGACCUGCAAGGAACAGAGGGGAGAGAGGCACCCAGGCCCUCCAGGACAGAUUCUAUGAUUGGGAGUAACAGUCAGCAGGCCUGUGAGGAUGUGGACAUUCUGAAGCCAGAUUCGCGGGUGGCUAUGGUCAAACUACUCCCCCAGGACUUUCCUCAGAGUCCUUGCUUUGGAGCCACCUCUGAUUUGGAGGUCUGGUCUGAGAGUCAGCCAGGCUUCCUCUUCCAGGGAAACUGUCCAAACACAGGGAUUUUGGCUCCCAAGGGCAAGGCCAAGGGACGUGGUGAGCAAGGGAGCAACAGCCGCCUGGGUUGUCAGCUUGAUAAAAGUCAGGGGUGGUCCCGAAGGUGUGAUGUGUGUGGCAAGAGGUUCAGAUCUAAUUCAGAUGUUGCUCUGCAUGAGGAAACGAAUGCACAGAAGAAACCUAACAGAUGUCAAGAGUGCCAGAAAAAAUUACCUGAUUGCUUACAGGGGAGACAUCAAAGUACCUUCCAUGCAGAGAAGCCAUAUGAAUGUGAAGAAUGUGGGAAAGUCUUCAGGUUGUGCUCACAGCUUCAUCAGCAUCAGAGAAUCCACACAGGAGAGAAGCCAUUUAAAUGCAUCGAGUGUGGAAAAGCCUUCCGCCUGAGUUCAAAACUUAUUCAGCAUCAAAGAAUUCACACAGGAGAGAAGCCCUACAGGUGCGAAGAAUGUGGGAAAGCCUUUGGCCAGAGCUCCAGCCUCAUCCACCAUCAGAGGGUCCACACAGGGGAGAGGCCCUACCCCUGCCGCGAAUGUGGGAAGGCCUUUAGCCAGCAGUCUCAGCUGGUCAGGCACCAGAGGACUCACACAGGAGAGAGGCCCUACCCCUGCCUCGAGUGUGGGAAGGCCUUCAGCCAGAGCUCAACCCUAGCUCAGCACCAGCGGAUGCAUGCUGGGGAGAAGCUUGAGCUGCCAAAAAAUCCAGAUAGUCCCAUCCCAGUUGCACAUCAGAGGACCCAUGCUAUGGAGAAACCCUUCAAGUGUGAUGAGUGUGGGAAGGCCUUCAGAUGGGUCUCCCGCCUGAGUCAGCAUCAGCUGACUCACACUGGAGAGAAACCAUACAAAUGCAACAAGUGUUCAAAGGCCUUUGGCUGUAGCUCACGGCUUAUUCGCCACCAGAGAACUCACACUGGAGAAAAACCGUUUAAGUGUGAUGAGUGUGGGAAAGGCUUUGUGCAGGGCUCACACCUAAUUCAGCACCAGAGGAUUCACACCGGAGAGAAACCCUAUGAGUGCAGCGACUGUGGAAAGGCCUUUAGUCAGAGCUCAAGCCUCAUUUACCAUCAGAGGAUCCAUAAGGGGGAGAAGCCCUACGAGUGCCUCGAAUGUGGAAAAGCCUUCAGUAUGAGCACACAGCUCACAAUACAUCAGAGGGUGCACACAGGGGAGAGGCCCUAUAAGUGUAGUGAAUGUGGGAAGGCCUUCAGUCAAAACUCCACCCUCUUCCAACACCAGAUAAUUCAUGCUGGGGUGAAACCCUAUGGAUGCAGCGAGUGUGGAAAAGCCUUUAGCCGGAGCUCGUACCUGAUUGAGCAUCAGAGGAUACACACUCGAGCCCAGUGGAACCAUGAGUAUGGGAAUGCCCUGGAAGGUUCCACCCAUGUGAGCCGGAGGAAAGUCAGUACUGUAAAGAAACUGCAUAAGUGUAACGAGUGUGAAAAGAUAUUCAGAUGGCGCUCGCAUCUAAUUAUACACCAGAGAACUCACACUGGAGAGAAACCUUACAAAUGUAACGAAUGUGGCAAAGCUUUUAAUCGGAGCUCAAGGCUUACUCAGCAUCAGAAAAUCCAUACGGGGUAGCACUUAAUCUUAUGUGUAUAAAUGUGAGUAAACCUACAGCCUUAACUUAUUUUCCAUGGGGCCAUUUGUACUGACACUUUAGAAUGUUGGGAAAGAUUCAGAAUUGCUCUGCUAAGAAAGGGAAUGUCCAGAUCCAUACAAAGUUCUGUGUCCUUGCUGGCAUGUUUGACCUUAUCCCUUUUAAUAAAGCCCGUGCCCUCACAUCAGGA